CAGAUGUCAGCAAAGUAAAAAAUUCUUUGUUUAUCAAGAUUAUUGUGACUUCCACAACAAUUAAUUUUUUUAAUACAUUUUUUGACAACCUUUAGUGAAUCCAUUUCAUCAGACUCUUUGAUUGAAUUAUUUGUGAGUUUCAGUGCAAAGCAAAAAGAUUGAAGCAAUGUCAGGAUACAGAUAUACAGCUAAUUCUGCGAAUUUAUUUGAUGACGAUGAUAUCGAUGACGAAACAUUUUUGAAAAAUUCAUCACGAGCACGGCAAGAUCAACCAUUUAGUUAUCAGGAAAAAACAAGAGCUAUUGAGGAACGCACACUUGCGUCUUCAAAUCGAAGUUUGGGUCUUCUCUAUGAAACUGAAAAAGUUGGAGUUGCAACGGCUGAGGAGCUAACACGACAACGCGAACAAUUGGAAAAUACCAAUAAACAUCUAGAUGAUAUUAAUCAAACAUUGCGUUUCAGUCAAAAACAUUUGAACGGCUUAAAAAGUAUUUUUGGUGGUUUGAAAAACUACAUUGCUGGGCAAAGAGAUGAACAACCUCUUUCACAAGUAGCGCCAACACCAACAGUUGAUAAAAGAAACGUCCAAUCGUUUUCACAAUUACAUGGGACAAAUAUGCAGUCAGAAAGUAUUUUACAUCAGUCGCAAUCAACAAUUACUGGUACAGGUGGAAAUUUCAACAAACAAUUAGAUAAAAACUUAGACGAAAUGGCAGGAAGUUUAUCACGUCUAAAGGGGCUUGCAAUUGACUUGAAUCAAGAGAUUGACGAUCAAAACGAUUUAAUCGAAAAUAUUACGACUAAAGUAGAAAAUGUUGAUGCUAAGCUCGGUAGACAAAACAAAGAAAUUAAUCGUCUAUUGGGGAAGAAAUGAGUUUUUCGGAAAUAUAUCAAAUUUGCAGCCAAUUAGAGAUAAAAUUUAUUCAUCAAUAUUAUAUAUAUUAUUAUUAUUAUGUUUAUUUAUCGGAAUACAGUCUCAAAACUUCUAUAACAAAGAAAAAAAUUCCAGUAUCAUUUUACGCAACAAA